UCGUUCCGUACCUCCAACGUGCGUGUGUGCCUUCUCAACGUCGAGGAGACGCUAUUUUAUUCUAUUUAUCUUCUAUGUACAUACGUUUUCUAUCGUAUGUACACCCCAUCGAUCUGAUCAACGCAUAAUAUUUUCCUGGAUUUCGAGGGAAAGCUCGAUAAGAUGAAGCUAUGGCAAACGCCAUAAAAACGUGGAGAGCGAGCGCUCUUAUGGCGUGUCUGUUUCUCUCUUAUAACGGUUUGGCGGAGGAAAAUGAUGAGGAAUAUAGGGGAAAGUAUCUUGGAAGAUUGAAUGCGUAUCAUCAUCAAGUAUCUGGUGAGUUAUACGCAGUCGAUGAGUACACGCUGCUUCUAACUACCUUCAAUUACGAUGGUAACGGAGCAGAUACGUUCUUCUGGGCUGGUGCAUCCAAUCGGCCAGGUCCUCAAGGUUUCAUCGUACCUGACGAGUGGGGCAAGACCAAUAUACUUGGUCGAUAUUUCAAUCGGGAUUUUACGCUGACCUUGCCGGACAACAAAAAGAUAACGGAUAUUAAAUGGUUCGCCGUGUAUGAUUUGGCUAGUCAGAACACAUUUGGCGAUGUCUAUAUUCCUGAAGAAUUUGAUCCACCAGCUCCUCAGAAGAUCUCUCAGCUAUCCAAGAGAUCCCAUGAUGUAUCGUCUGAGUCGAUAGUGAUCUUGGAUUCGAAGACAAUCAGUAUACCGCAAUUUACGUAUGAUGGAACAGGGAAUGAUACGUAUUUCUGGGUUGGCUUAGGUCCUCAACCUUCGAGCAAAGGAACGAAGGUUCCUGAUGAGUAUGGAUACCUGGAUCCACUACGUGCUUAUAAAAAAGAGGAUAUAAUAAUUCAAUUGCCAGGAGAAAUGACUGUCUUUAACGUCGAUUGGUUGAGCGUAUUCGACGUAAAAACUAAAUCGAAUUAUGGCUCGAUUAUUAUACCAGACGGUCUUAACGUACCACCAUCUUUAGUUAAAAUUGUCAAACAUACGCAAUCUCUGCCGAAUUGUGUUCAGCUCCAUAAACGUUAUCAAGUUAGCUGGGAAAUCUUUGGCCCACAGAUCACGAUACAAUUGGCUGGUCAAGUUGCCGAAGAUGAGUACAUGGCUUUCGGCUUAUCUGGUUCUGAUAGCUCCAGCCAAAUGGAAGGUGCAGAUGUUACCAUUGCUUAUAUGGAUGGUACACGGGGUUAUGCCACUGAUUAUAACAUAACGGCAAAAGCACCGUGUGGAAAAGUCCUUGGACAGUACAAGGGUGUUUGCAAGGAUGAGCUCUUAGGUGGACUAGACAGCAAUCAAUUGUAUACCGCGGUAAGAGAAAACGGCAUCAACACCAUCACUUAUAGGCGAACGCUUAAUUCGUCUGAUCCAGGAGACAAAGAAUAUCCUACGGAUAAGCUGGCUUAUAUAAUUUGGGCGUUAGGAAGAUUAGACGAGAAUAUGGAACCUAAUUUCCACGAUCUCUAUCCUAAAAGUGAUUUGCGAUUAGAAUUGAGUCGUCAGGAACCAGAAAAUACCUGUAUGGAUUUCACGGAAGAUAAUGAAAAGCUCGUAAUACCUUGGGAAAAGGCAGAAAUAUUCGAUAGGAGUAUUAGAACUUUUAAAGCUACUAUUGGACCAUCUGGAGGAAAAAAGGGUUAUCAAGGAAUAACAGGACAAACGUCGAUGGGUUACGCGUGGUACAUUGAAGGUCAAUUAAUACCGGAAUUGUAUUUACGUCGAGGAUUAACAUACAACUUCGUUGUCUACGGAGGCAAUAAUCCUCAUAGUUCUAAUUUGUAUCAUCCUUUAAUUAUUACGGACGAACCUCACGGAGGCUACGAUAGACUCAGCGAUAUUGCACAAAGUAAAAUAAGAGUGUUAGCUGGUGUUGAGUUUACUAGAAGAGGUCGACCAAGACCAACGGCAGUGGGUCCUCUUUGUUUGAGCAAGCAUGACAGCAGAGAUAGAAGACUAGACGAUGACUUUUUAUCUUUCAAGAAGUUUAACAGAAGUCUUAUAUAUGUUUGUGAACCUGGCGAAGGAGGUAUUCUAGAAGUGACGCCUAACACAUCGUGGCCAGAUGUUGUUUAUUAUAAUUCCUUUACUCAUGCAAAUAUGGGUUGGAAAAUAUAUGUUGUUGAUGCUUAUUCCCGAAGCGAAGCAAUUUUACAUAACUUAUCCCUGACUGUUGGAAUAGUGGCUGUGUUUUUUCGUCUUUUAUAA